AAAAAAAGGGAAUGCGUGUAAUGCAGAGAACAGAAUUACAGUGAAUCGAAGAAGAAGAAGAAGUAGGAUUCGUAGAAUUCUGGAUUGUUAAGAGGAGGAAGAAGAAGACGAGGGCAAAAUCGGGAUUUCGGUUGGGUGAGGAAGGGGGGGGGGGAGAAGAUGUCAGGAGAGGGGUACAGCGAUGAGACUCAUCUGCUGAGAUCCUCGAACGACAUUAACAAAGACGAGAACGGCGCCGUUUCGCCGGAGGACGACAACGACGGGGACGGCGAUGCCGACUUGGAAGCGCAGAGCCGGAAAAGUAGUAUCAGUCCGAGCAGUAGAGUCGGUGCUUUUAAGGAUCUGCUGCUGAAGCAUUUGGACGGCGUCGGAGGGCUUUCCGGUCGCCGGAACAGUUUCAAGAGGCUCGAUGGGAAUUGGGAUAGGGAUAGGGAUAGGGGUAGGGAGAGUAAUCGGAGAGAAAGUAGAGAGCGGCGAUCGCCUGUAGAUCAGCUGCGUCAUAGUAGUAAUCAUGACGCGCCGGCCGGAAUCGAUGGGAACGAUGAACUGGCCGAUAGUGCUCCGCCGGAGUGGGCUUUGCUUCUCCUCGGUUGCAUUCUCGGCCUCGCCACCGGUCUCUUUGUUGCCGCGUUUAACAAAGGAGUACAUGUUAUACACGAAUGGGCCUGGGCUGGUACUCCAACUGAAGGUGCUGCAUGGCUCCGUCUGCAGAGACUGGGCGAUACUUGGCAUCGAAUACUUUUAGUACCCGUCACAGGUGGGGUCAUUGUUGGCAUGAUGCAUGGUUUACUUGAAAUAUUGGAUCAAAUAAGACAGUUAAGUUCCUCCCAAGGGAAAGGAUUUGAUUUACUAGCUGGAGUCUUUCCCACAAUAAAGGCCGUCCAGGCAGCUAUCACACUAGGUACUGGUUGUUCUUUAGGUCCUGAAGGCCCUAGUGUAGAUAUUGGAAAAUCAUGUGCCAAUGGGUUCUCAUUAAUGAUGGAAAACAACAGAGAAAGGAAGAUUGCCCUCAUUGCAGCAGGUGCUGCUGCUGGAAUUUCUUCAGGAUUUAAUGCGGCAGUUGCUGGUUGUUUCUUUGCUAUUGAAACGGUGCUAAGGCCACUUCGAGCAGAAAACUCUCCUCCUUUUACUACCGCAAUGAUUAUAUUGGCUUCUGUUAUAUCGUCCACAGUAUCUAAUGUUUUACUUGGGACACAAUCAGCCUUUACAGUGCCUGUUUACGAUUUGAAAUCAGCUGCUGAAUUGCCCCUCUACCUUAUAUUGGGCAUGCUAUGUGGUGCUGUGAGUGUAGUCUUCAAUCGCUUGGUUGCUUGGUUCACAAAGUUUUUUGAUUAUAUCAAGGAAAGAUUUGGCCUUCCUGCGGUUGCAUGCCCUGCUUUAGGUGGUUUAGGAGCUGGGUUGAUUGCUCUCAAGUAUCCGGGAAUUCUGUACUGGGGUUUCACAAAUGUUGAAGAAAUCCUGCAUACUGGAAAGACUGCUUCCGCCCCUGGAAUCUGGCUGUUAACUCAAUUAUCAGCAGCCAAAGUUGUAGCAACAGCUUUAUGCAAGGGUUCUGGGCUUGUAGGUGGACUUUAUGCACCAAGCUUGAUGAUUGGGGCUGCUGUUGGCGCUGUAUUUGGGGGUUCAGCUGCAGAAUUGAUUAAUUCAGCAAUUCCAGGAAAUGCUGCCGUUGCUCAGCCACAGGCAUAUGCACUGGUGGGAAUGGCUGCUAUGCUGGCUUCAGUUUGUUCGGUGCCAUUGACGUCAGUUCUCCUUCUGUUUGAGCUGACAAAAGAUUACCGAAUAUUGCUUCCUCUCAUGGGGGCUGUUGGAUUGGCAAUUUGGGUUCCCUCUGUGGUAAACCAGGGAAAGGAGACUGAAGCAUCUGAUACACGGAAUUCUGCGAGAGGUUACUCUUCUGUUUCAGCUGCUGAAGAGAAAGAUGAAGUUAUUUGGAGACAACAUGAUAAUGGAGAUGAUAUGGAACUGUCUACUAUGGGGAAUACUUCUGAUUCUGAAUUAACUGAAGAAAUGCUUCUGGAGAAUCUAAAGGUUUCGCGGGCCAUGUCAAAGAAUUAUGUGAAGGUUUCUCUGACCGUAACUAUUGAAGAGGCAAUAAAAUCCAUGCAUGACAAUCAUCAGAAUUGUGUGUUAAUUGUUGAUGAUGAAGAUUUUCUGGAGGGAAUAUUGACAUAUGGUGAUGUUAGACGGUAUCAAUCAAGGAAGUCUUCUGAUACGUUGAAGAGCGAUUCUAGUUUUCUGGAUGAAAACACCUGUCUUGUUUCCUCUGUAUGUACUCGAGAAAUCAACUUUCAUGGGCGAACCCGAGGUCUAUUAACCUGUUAUCCGGACACGGGAUUAUUAAUGGCCAAGGAGCUAAUGGAGGCAAAAGAUAUCAAGCAGUUGCCUGUGGUUAAGCGUGGCAGACAACCACCAAAAGAAACGAGGCGAAGACUUGUUGCUAUUCUUCAUUACGAUUCAAUCUUGAUGUGUCUCAGGGAGGAGAUAAAUCACAGGAAAUCAAUUCAUCAACAUAGAAAAGAGAAUCUUGACGAAAUAACAAAUGGCCACUAAUUUCAGCAGCAGAGCUGUCACCGAACCUUAAUGUGUGACGGCCACUGCAAAAGAGAAGCUGAAAUCUCCAAGCAAAGCUAGGGAAUGAGCCCUCUGAGCUGGUUUUCUCUUUGAUGUUUGGAAUUUGGCUUGGAAAUGAGGUUGAUAAUGAAGUAUAUAUUCCCAGGCCCUUCAUUUGAAGGUCUAAAUUUCGUCAUGGGUUUUUUUGAUACCACAUUCAUAUGGGCAACCUAGUAAAUUGAUUUGCUUUUUGGUCAGACCUAGCAAAUUGUGUAUUGUAUAUGGAAAAUGCAAUUAAUAUGGAUGUUCAUGUACCUUACGGUGAAAGAUGCAAAAUACAAAUUACAAAUUAUGAGUUGAAUCAAAGAAUUCCAUUCACUUGUUUAA